UAUUCACAAAAUUCAAACAACAUGCUUCCAAUCCAAACAAAGCUUGACUUUCAAAACAGAACCAACCUUAAAGCCUCAGCCACCUUCACUUGCAAGCAAACACCACCCAUACAACCUAUAAAAUCCCCUCCCAAACACAAUCCCAACCCAUCCAAUCCUAAACACCAAACACCAUUUAAAAAAAAAAACCAAACAUGGCCUUCCCAUCAUCCCCCAAACUACUAUUCCUUUCGGGCCUCGUCUUACUCUCCCUCUCGAUCUUGGCCCGGGCCCGCGACUUCUCGAUCGUAGGCUACACUCCCGACGACCUCACUUGCAUCGACAAGCUCAUCAACUUAUUCGACUCGUGGAUAGACAAACACGGAAAGAAGUACAAAAACAUCGAGGAGAAGUUGCAUAGGUUCGAGAUUUUCAAGGACAACUUGAAGCACAUUGACGAGCGUAAUAAGGUUGUUGCCAACUAUUGGCUCGGCUUGAACGAGUUUGCUGAUUUGAGCCAUGAAGAGUUCAAGAAGAAGUAUUUGGGUCUCCGAGUCGAUAAGGUCCCUAACCGGGGCGAGUCGACUCGCGAGUUUAAGUAUAAGAACUUUGAGAACCUUCCGGAAUCCGUCGACUGGAGAAAGAAAGGAGCCGUUACAGAGGUCAAGAACCAGGGUUCAUGCGGGAGUUGUUGGGCGUUUUCGACGGUUGCGGCAGUUGAGGGCAUAAACCAAAUCGUGACUGGUAAUCUGACCGUAUUGUCCGAACAGCAGCUUAUCGACUGUGACACGACUUUGAACAGCGGGUGCAAUGGAGGAAUAAUGGAUUACGCGUUUACUUACAUUGUCAAAAAUGGUGGGCUCGACACAGAGGAGGCAUACCCAUACACUAUGGAAGAAGGAGACUGUUCAGUAGACAGGGCUAAGUCGGAAGUGGUCACCAUUGACGGGUAUGAAGAUGUGCCCACGAACGACGAGGAAAGCCUGCUGAAAGCAUUGGCUCACCAGCCUGUGAGUGUGGCCAUUGAUGCUUCUGAUAAAGAUUUCCAGUUCUAUAAAGGAGGUGUGUUUGACAAGAUAUGCGGGACUGACCUCAAUCAUGGAGUUGCAGCCGUUGGAUACAAAUUGAGCAAGCAUGAGAAUUACGUCAUAGUGAAGAACUCGUGGGGCCCACAUUGGGGAGAGAAAGGGUUCAUAAGGAUGAAGAUGAAGACUGGGAAAGCUGAAGGAAAGUGUGGCAUUAACAUGAUGGCCUCUUAUCCCAUCAAAAAACUAAGUGAAGAUGAAAACUGAUUAAGUCUGUUGUUUGUCUUUCCCUUUCAUUACAUGACUAUGAUCACUUGUUGAAGGAUAAAUAAUCAAAAUUAUAGAUUUUCUCUAAUCCAAGGUGUACCUUUUUCUUUUUCCACUUGAAGUUCUGUAUUUCAGAAAUGCAUUUGGUUUGGAGACAUUUUAUUUUCUCUGUUAUGUUGAUAUUCCCUGCAAGAUUGACCUGACAACCUCAUUUAUCAGCAAGGAAAAGGGAAAAAUNUUCUUAU